GUCUGUUUUCACUGCAACCUAGCAACGAUAACAGUUGUCCAUGGAGAGAAAGCCUGAGUAACUACCAGGUGGCCGCUGCCUCACCAUGGCUCCGCAGCUGGAUUGGAACAAGCUGAUGGCGGUGGACCCGGGAGAGCUGGGUGGGCAGGACCAGGCGGAUGAGCUGUUUGGUCUCAUAUCCAAGGUUGAACCAGACGAUCUGAAAGAUGAUGGUACAGAAAAAUUAAUCCAGCUCUUCAGGAUCACACAGUCCCUCAUGAAGGUGAAGGCCGCAGAAGCGGAGUGUGUGUAUGAAGUCGUCGAUAAGGCCGGCGUUGAACAAGCAAGAAUCGAAGCCCAGUUGAAAGCCCAGCUAUAUUCGUUGGAACAGGAGCUGCAGAUGGCUCAGCGGUCAGCGGGGGGACGCGACACGCGCUUCCUCCGCGAUGAGCUGCGUCAACUGGAAGGUCAACUGGAACGGAAGGAGAAGGAGCUGCUGCAGUUGGAGAAGGAGAUAAACAAGGAAAAGAAAGUUAAUGAGGAAAUGUCCGUGCGAGUUGAAGAAGCAGAGGAGGAGAACAGGAAACUGAAGAGAGAGAACGAGCAGCUCAAUCAGGACGUGACAUAUUACAGGAGGGAGCUGGAUCAGAAGGAGCCUCAGGUGUCCCGUGAAGAGAGCAAUGAGGCCCAGAAGCGGCUAAAUGCCGCCAACCGGCAGCUAUACCACUGCAUGGAGGAGCUUCAGCGUGCCGAGGAUGAGAUAGCUCAACUUAAAGCCCAGAGUGACCAGAUGCAGAAAAGUCUGGAGGAAUCAGUCAAGGAGAUGGAGAAGAUGACAGAUGAGUACAAUAAGAUGAAGAUCGUGGUGCAGCAGAGUGACAUCAUCAUGGAUCAGCUGCGGAAGGAGAGGGACCACUGCAGACUUCAGGUGAGAGAGCUCACCGAGCAGAUCCGAUCCCGGGCCGAGGAGGACGACCCCGUAAUGGCUGCCGUCAAUGCUAAGGUGGAGGAGUGGAAGGGAAUAUUAUCAGCAAAAGAUGAGGAGAUCAUUGAGUAUCAGCAGAUGAUACGAGACCUCAAGGAAAGACUGAGGACAACUCAGAUGGACUCUGACAAAAGUCACAUCCUAGCCCUCCAGCAGGCGGUGCAAGAGCGAGACAAUCAGAUCAAGAUGCUGACUGAGCAGCUGGAGCAGUGUACAGGCGACUUGGAGAAAAACACAAUGCUAAUCGAGGGACUUAAGAAGCCCUUCAGCAAAGAUGGAGGGCUGUCCAGUACGAUCCAUCAGCAGAAGAUCGCCGAGCUGAAGACCCAGCUGCAGGCUGUGGAACAGAGGGCCCGGGAUGCAGAACGGGCUGCGGAGCUUGCCGAAUCUGACGCCAGGGAGAAGGAUGGGGAGCUGAGUCAGGCCCUCCGCUCUGUCAGGGCCUACGAAUCGGGCACAGACGGGCUGGAGGCAGCAGUGGCCGAGAUCAAAGAGUACAAAAACCAGAUCAGAAUAAGGGACCGAGACGCCGAGGGCAUGAUCAAGGAGAUCAACCAGCUGGAAAUGAAGAUCAGCGAUCUCCUGGAUGAGAAUGAGGAUCUGCGGGGACGGCUGGGGCUGCAACCGAAGGAAGUCGACUUGACAGAAUUCCGACGGCACGGUGCUUUAAAACAGAGGCAGUACAAAGCGGAAAACCAGGUUCUCCUGAAGGAGAUUGAAAGAUUAGAGGAGGAGAGACUGGAGCUGAAAGUGCAGGUCAGGAAACUCGUUAAAGAUAAAGGGCUGCCUGGCAGCAGUGCAGUGCUAUUUGAUGAUGAAGAUAAGCCCAGCAGAAGCAUGCAGAUGAAGACUUCACUGAAUAAGGUCCCUGAUUCAAAACACGAGGAGGAGAUGAGACUAAAGAUUGAUCAUCUGCAGAAGGAGCUGAAUGUCACAGAGAAACAGCUGGAGCAGAAGAGGGCCGAAUCUUCACAUCUGGAAGCAAAGCUCAAUGACCUGUGGGGCGAAAAUAAACAGCUUGAACAAGGAAUGAAGGAGAUUCUGCAGGCGAUACAGGACAGCCAGAAGAGCCCGUGGCCAGAGGGGGUGGCUGUGACCUUGCCAGGCCUCGAGCAGCUUGUGGCUGCUAUCGAGAUGAAGAACUCGGGGGGGAAAUUCAAUACCAGCCUCCACCUGAAGGCCCAGGUGGACCAGCUGACUGGCCGGAACGAUGAACUCAGACGGGAGCUUCGAGCCAGCAGAGAAGAAACGGCCAGCGCCUUGAGUCAGCUGGGAAAGGCCGAAGAGAAGGUGGGUCGUUUGGAGCAGGAACUUGAUGGCCUAAGGAAGUCCAGUGGAAACGCCGUCGUUUUUAAGAAUCUGGAUCUUCCGGGGGACAUGGCGCCAUCUAGUGUUUCGGUGAUCAACUCCCUGAACGAGUAUGCCAUCCACCUUCUGCAGGAGCUUAAAGACAAGGAGGAGACCUUGAGGCGAGCUGAUUCAGCGCUGGAGGAGUACAGGAGGAAGUUCGCUGUGACUCGACACCAGCAGGGGUUACUCUACAAGGAGUACCUGAGCGAGAAGGAGACCUGGCAGAAGGAGAUGCACCAGUUAGUGGAGGCGAAAAAUAAACUAGAGGAGCAGAAGGAAAUCAACGAUGUUAAAAUUAAGGAGUUCAGUCAUUGGCUAGAGGUCCUGAAGGAGGACCCGACAGAAACCAAGAAACAUAUCUCAGAGGCGGCGCGGAAGAUGACUGUCCUGCGCGUGAACGAGAAGGCCCUGACAAGGAAGUAUACCACCCUGCUGGAGAUGGAGCAGCACCUAAGGAGGGAGAACGACAAGCUGAAGAAGGACUUCCUCCAGAUGGAGACCACGGUCACCGAGAGAAUUGGCUACCUCGAACGAUACAAGGAAAUGGUUGAAUUUAAUAUAGCAGCCUUACAGAAAGCUCUGGAUGAUAGCGUGCUGGCCUCUGAGUUAGAGCGAGCAAACAAGCAGUACACGGAGCUCACAGUCAGGUACAGGGAUCUCCUGGAGAAGGACAACUGUCUUGUUCAGAGGACGACCAACAUGGAACAUUUAGAGAGUGAGAAUUCGUCCAUGCGUGAGCAAAUUACGAUGUCAAACAAAGAGCUGGAGAUAACCAAAGAGAAGCUUCACACGUUAGAGCAAGCCUGGGACCACGUCACCAAACUAAGUGGUGAGGGCAUCACAGACAAAGCAGUGAAAGCCGUUGCCAAUAGCGAGAUCGUGUCGGCCUCCAAAAAGAUCACCAUGUUGGAGAUGAAGGAGCUGAACGAGCGUCAGAGGGCUGAGCACGCCCAGAGGAUGUACGAGCAGCUGAGGGCCUCACUCAGGCAGGCGGAGGAGCGCAACGCCGAGCUAGAGGCCAAAUUUGCUGAGCUGACGAAGCGCAACCUGGAAGCUCAGAAGUUGGAGCAGGAGCUUCGGGACGAGCUGGCGAGCAGCGUGAGCAGGGCAGUGAGCGACGCAGACCGCAGGCGCAUCUCAGAGCUGGAACGCGCCCAAGCAAACCUGAAAGUAGAGGUGUCAAAGUUAAGGGAAGUUUCAGACGUCGCUAAGAUGCAAGUGACUACGCUCGAGGCCAGGCAGCAGUGCAGGGAGAAGGAACUUGAGUCCCUCCGGAGGCAGGUGCUGGACUACCAGUCACAGUCUGAUGAGAAGGCUUUGGUCGCCAAACUCCAUCAGCACAUCGUGGCUCUUCAGGUGAGCGAGGCCACGGCCGUCACCAAGCUGGAAGCCAUGGUGCUGAAGAUCCAGAAGCUGGAGGCCCAGAAUCUGCGUGCCGAGCAGCGGCUGGACGAGAAAGAGCGGGCGCUGUACUACGCCCGGCAGGAGGCCCGCAACCGCGUGCAGCACCUGCGCCACACCGUGCAGUCCCUGCGCACGCAGUUCUCUGGCGCCCUGCCACUGCCCCAGCAGGAGAAGUUUGCCCGGACCAUGAUGCAGCUGCAGGAGGACAAGCUGAAGGUGAUGAGGGAGGCGCGACAGGCCGAGCAAGAGAGGAAGAGGGUAGAGGGAAGGUCCCAGGAGCUGGAGGUGCAGCUCAGAGGCCUGGAGGAUCUCAUCGGCACCCUGAAGGAUGUCAAGGGGGCCGAGAAGGUGAAGGAGUGGCACAAAAGGAUGGAAGAGCUUAGACUCCAGGAGCUACGGCACACCAGGGAAUUGAACUCCCAGAAGGAGGAGAUCAAGUACUUGAAGAGUGUGAUCAGUGAGCAGGAGCGCACCAUCAGUCGUUUGGAGGAGGAGGCUGUCCGACUCAAUAACCUACAUGAGGAGCAGCAGCUGUCCUGGGAACAGCGGGAGCUGGAGCUGGAACGGAGGCUGGACCUUCAUGAAAAGCAGCAGAACGAAAUCGUUGAGACAGCCCAAAAGUUCGAUGAGGCAACCGGAUCAUUGCCUGACCCCAGCCUGCCCCUCGCCCACCAGCUAGAUGUUGCUCUGGGGAAAAUCAAAGAGCAUGUUCGCACGAUCCUGGAAACGCAAGCGGCUUGUAAAUCUCUGGAUAAGAAACUGAAAGAGACGGAAGCAGCCCUGUGGAAGGCAGAGCAGAACAUCCUUUCUCGGGACAAGGUCAUCAACGAGCUGCGACUCCGCCUCCCCGCCGUGGCCGAGAGGGAGAAGCUGAUGGCUGAACUGGCCCAGCAUGAUGAAGACCAGGAGAACCAACUGGGCCUCAAGGUGGCCCAGCAAACCAUCAGCAACCUGCAAGCCCGGCUUAGCCAAAAGGAGGAGGUAGUGAAGAAGUACCAGAACAUGCUAGCCAGAGCACGACAGGAGCAGGAAGAGCUUACAAAGAAGCACGAGGGGGAGGUGAGGACCCUGCAUCAGAAGCUGGAUCUUCACGUCGACUCGUCGCUGGACAGGUUCCGGCAGACCGCUCUGGAGCUGAUGAGGAAACCUCCCACAGUAGCUCCUACCACAAAGCAGCUGCUUCGCCUGGCUGAAGCUGAACAGUCUGCAGGGGAACAGGACUCCUCUCUGUCUGAGCGGCUGAAAGCAGUCACUGCUGAGCUGGAGAACCAAAGACAGGUCACCGCUGCCAAAAUAAGGGAACACGCCAAAGAGAAGGACAAGCUGGAGGAGGCCCACGCUGCCCAGGUCAAGCAGCUGGAGCAGGAAGCAGAAGAGCUUCACACUCGAUUGUCCCAGAUGGAACGUGAAGUUCAGCAUCUAAGAACAGAACUUGAGGCCCAGAAAGAGGCAAAUGUCAGAUCUCCUACAAACACCAUGAAGAACUUGGUGGAGCGACUGAAAGGCCAGCUCGCACUUAAGGAGAAGCAACAGAAGGGUCUCAGCAAAGCACUUUUAGAACUUCGGUCAGAAAUGACGGCUCAUGCAGAGCAACAGAUAAUAGCCAACGCCAUUCAGAAGGAGGAGAGCCUCAACGUCCAGCAGAUUGUGGACAAACGUACCAAGGAUCUCAAGGCUCGUGUCCAGGAAUUACAGGAAGAUCUCCAGGCCACUAAAGACAACCUGAGGGCCGUGAAGAACAGGGAAAGCUUGUUGAAAGAAGAGCUGGAGAACCUAAACAAGGAGGCGCAGCGAAGUCAGAAGCUUCAAGCCAAACUUCAGAGCGAGCGACAGCGGCGAGAGAGUGAUGUCGAGGAGCUGAGGAAACAAGUGAAGCGGCUGAGCGGCAGCCUGCAGAAUAAAGCAGAGACUGAAACAAAGGGACCAACGGUGGAGGAGCUUCAGAAGAAGGUCAAGAGGCUUGAGGCAGAAGUGGAAAGGAGAAGCGGCCCAGAGCUGAGCGAGCGGAAGGGUGCCAGGGAUGACAGGUCAACAAAGGAAGAAGUGGUGCGCUGGGAGGAGGGCAAGAAGUGGCAGAACAGAAUGGAGGCCAUGAGGAGCAAGCUGAGGGAGAAGGAGAAGGAGGUGGAGGUGUUAACGAAGCAGCUGGGCACCAUGAAGGAGCUCUACUCCAAGCUGGACCAGGAGAAGGCUGCUCUGCAGAAGAAGCUGAGAAGUCACGGUGUGACUGUGGAGCAAGUGGUCGGCGCCCGCACCUUGCAGGCCGAGCAGGACUUGGACGAGCUGAAGAGAAGAAACACAGAGCUGGAACAGCACAUCCUCACCAUAAAGCAGCAGCAGGCGCUGCCUCGAGAUGCAGCCAUCGAGGACCUGGCCCUGAAGAACCGCUACUUGGAAGAGAAGCUGCUUUCCCUAGAGAAGCAGCUGUCGCAGGAGCCUGCAUCCCGGCCAUCUACAUCCGGUAGAGGCUCUGGCACACCAUCACAGAGGGAGCAUGAGCUGCAGAAGGAGAAUCUGAAGCUGUCUUCGGAAAACCUGGAGCUACGUUUCCAGCUGGAACAGGCCAACAGGGACCUUCCGAGGCUGAAGAACCAGGUCACGGACCUCAAAGAGAUGUGCGAUAUCCUCAAGAAAGAGAACACGGACAUCGAGAGGAAGCUUGGCAGUAUCCGUGGGGCUGGGCGCAGCGGGAAGACGAUCCCAGAACUGGAGAAGACCAUUGGGCUGAUGAAGAAAGUAGUGGAGAGGCUGCAGAAGGAGAACGAGGGCUUGAAGAAGGUCCCAGGCACCAUGCUUCAGCAUCGCCAGACAGCUCUUGAACAUGAAAAUGAAAGAAUUAAGUCAGAAAACGAGAAGCUCAGGGUUCAGAUGGAAGGUGUUUUAUGUUCAAGAUCCGAAUCGAAGGGAAAUGAAAUGGAGAAAAUUUUGUUGGAAAAUGAGCAUUUACUCAAGGAGCUGAAAAAGGAGAGUGAAGCUGCUGAAAAGCUGAGAAUAAACAAGAACGAUUUGGAAGCUGCCAACCAGCAGCUGUUGGCCCAGCUAGAGGAGAGCAGCCGUAAGUUCAGCCUGGCCCAGAACGAGGAACCGGCGCUGCAGGAGGCCGGCAAGAGGAGCUGUAAAUCCAUGGUGGUCACAAGGAUGUACGAGAAGAAAAUGAAAGAACUGGAGAGCGACGUCGCUCAGAAGAACAGCAGGAUCUCCGACCUACAACAGUUGUUGCAAGAAGCUAGUGAGAAAGAGACAGCGGCUUUGCGUGUUAUCAGUGCUCUCAAGGAGCAGGCUGAACUGCUGAAGCAGCUUCCAGACGGUGCCAGAACAAACUCAGGCCUACAGAAGGAAUUCCAGACAUUAAGAUUAACCAACCUACAACUUGAGAAGGACAAGGCGGCCCUACUCCAGGAGCUGAGAACUUACAGAGUGCGUGAGGGACCUUCAAGCUCUGCUGACGUGCCAGGAGAUGAAGGCCAUGAUGUCGCCGCCCUGCUGGCCGCGCUGAAACAGGCAGACGUCGAUAAACGGCAGCUGCAGGAUGAAGUCAAGAGGAUAAAGAAGGAGCUGGAGAACUUUGACCCAACGUUUUUUGACGAGCUUGAGGACCUGAAAUUUAAUUACAACUUAGAGGUAAAGAAAAACAUUCUUUUAGAAGAGAAGGUAAAGCAGCUUAGUGAUCAGUUGGGAGUGGAAGUGGACGUCUCCACCGACGGGGGCAUCAGAUGAGGAGGCUGCAAGACCAGUGCUGAGGGCUGAGGACGUGUAUUAAGGGUCUACAACCUUCUGUGUGGAGAGCCGGACUUGGCAUAGCAAUACAGUGUGGUCAUUAGCUUAACCGAGGAGAUUUCUUAUGAAAUGUUAAACUACGACUUAUUUUUGAAUUUUCAUUCAGCGCUGCUGUAGGAAAUCUCAGUGAGAUAAACUCCUAUGUGUAUCUGCAGAUCUAUUUUAAAGACGUUUCAGUGAAAUAUUUGGUCUGUAUGUGAAAUAAAUGUCAUAUGCUGUUUAA